UGCAUAAAAAUAUUGUUAAUCCACGUGUGUUUUGUAGGAAGACGAGAUCGACUAAAUGAAUAACAUGAGGUCCAAUAGAGUCCCGCCUUUUUUAAUUUCAAGACACGGAAGUAAAAGCCAAGCAUCGCUCUCUUUCCCCAGUGAUAUCCUGUGCUUUACCCUUCGAAACACCCAGCUUGUCUAAUACUCAUGAUGUCCGGAGGGAAAUCCUCCAAAAAAAGACCUCGUAUAAGUUUAUCAACCAGCAAAACUAAAAAAAAUGACUCUAACUCGAUUAUUUCGUUUUUUAACAAUGUACCGCCUGCGAAACUCGCCUGUCCGGUUUGUAGUAAAAUGGUACCAAGAUAUGACUUGAACCGGCACCUGGAUGAAAUGUGUGCUGACGAUGAUGACAUCACUGCAGGUGAGCCAGGAAACACUGGCUUCAGUUCAAAGGCUUCCACGGUAGAUUUAACCAAUAUUGCCUUAGAAGAUGUAACGCCAGAGAAGUUGUCACCAUCUAAGAUAAAUUUAACCCCUGGCCGAAGCGACUCAGCAAAAACAGGCACAAAACAGCAGACCAGCCCCUACUUUAAAAGUAACAGAGACUUGGUGAGCAAAACUCAAGAUGAGACGAGAGAUCGUAAUGUCAAAAUCGUCCCUCUGGGAAGCCUGUCAUCUAAAUUGUCCAGAAGAUACAUGAAGGCUAAAAGGUCUUUAGAUGAGAAUGAGCGAUUUGCCAAUCAGAGUCCACAGAGUUCCUCAGCCACAGCGGUUAAGAGCCUGGUUGACAACCGUUCAGAGAUGGAGGACCAGGAUCAACUUCUGGAGAAUAGUUCUCAAAAGGAAAACAUGUUUACCAGUGAUUCUCUUAAGGAAUCAAGGACUCCCGAAUGUACUGUAGAAGACACUGAAAUAAUGGAUGCUGAAAGCCAAGAGGCUGCCCGGGAAUGUGGGAUAUCCACACUCACCCCUCCCUUUUCAGAUACCACCCCCGGGUUAUUGUCACCGGAUUUAACUCUUGGAAGUAAAUUACAGUCUAUUUCAGAAGACAGUCUUGCAAAGCAGGAGAGUCUCGCAGGAGUAGCUGGUGAAGGUGAUGAAAUACAUGAGGCAGGCAGUUGUGAAGAGGUCAAAGCGACUGCCCUUUCAGAAGCUGAAACACAGCUGUCACACUGGGAGGCAAAAUCUCAUAGUCCUACAACCAAUGCUUCGAAAUGGAGUCACAGCCAAGAAUGUCCUCUGGAACAUGCCCGUGGCUUAGAGAAUGAAAUCACUCCUAGAAUGUCUUCGGAGCAGGGGUCAGUCUGGGAUGUCCCUGGUGUAACAAGCCUAGCACCACCGAAUCACCCUUACUACCUUAGGAGUUUCCUGGUGGUGCUGAAUGCCGUGUUUGAGAAUGAAGAUGACAGAAUGCUCUUUGAUGAGCAGGAGAAAGGAAUUGUAACUCGGUUUUACCAAUUAUCAGCCAAUGGUCAGAAGUUAUAUGUAAGACUGUUUCAACGUAAAUUCAGCUGGAUUAAGAUGAAUAAAUUGGAAUAUGAAGAGAUUGCCCCCGACUUAACACCUGUGGUUCAAGAACUGCAGCAAGCUGGCUUCCUGCAGACAGAAUCUGAGUUGCAAGAACUCUCUGAAGUGCUCGAGCUACUUUCUGCCCCUGAACUAAAAACCCUGGCAAAGACCUUCCACCUGGCGAAUCACAGCGGGCAGAAGCAGCAGCUGGUGGACGCCUUUCUCAAACUGGCCAAACAGCGUUCGGUCUGCACUUGGGGCAGGAACCAGCCUGGCGUCGGUGCUGUGAUCUUAAAAAGAGCUAAAGACCUGGUGGGACGGGCCCUGAGAGUCUGCAAGGGCCCCCGGGCGGUGUUCUCCCGGGUCCUGCUGCUUUUCUCACCCACUGACGCAGUGGAGGACGAGGACGCCGCCUGUGGGGGUCAGGGAGAGCUGUCCACGGUGCUGCUGGUCAGUCUCGGCCGAGUGGAGUUUCCCAGGUACACCAUCAAUCGGAAAACCCGAAUCUUCCAAGAUCGAGACGAUCUUAUCAGGUAUGCCACAGCUGUGCACGCGCUGAGUGACAUCGCCGCCGCCAUGGCCCGCGGGGCCUGGGAGGAGGCCAGGGAGCUCUCCCAGGUUGCACAGCGGGACUGGGACCGACUGAAGAACCAUCCUUCCCUGAGGUACCACGAGCGUUUACCGCUCUUUCUCCGAUGUUUCACAGUUGGCUGGGUUUAUACCAGGAUUUUGUCCCGAACUGUGGAAAUUCUGCAGAGACUUCACAGGUACCAGGAAGCCGUCCAGGAGCUUGAAAACCUCUUGUCCCAGAGGGUGUACUGUCCCGACAGCAGAGGCCGGUGGUGGGACCGACUGGCUCUCAACUUACACCAGCACCUGAAGCGCCCGGAGCCGGCUAUCAGGUGCAUCGCGGAAGGGCUGGCGGACCCGGACGUGAGAACGGGACACCGUCUGUCACUAUGUCAGAGAGCUGCGCGACUGCGGGAGUCCCCGAGCUGCCAGAAGUACAGGCACCUCCUCCGUCAGCUUCCAGAGAUGACCGUGGAGGACGUCAGGCACGUGACCAUCACAGGCCGGCUGUGCCCGCAGCACGGGAUGGGCAAGUCCAUCUUCGUGAUGGAGGCCGGGGGGGCCGCCCCCGCUGCGGUGCUGUGCUCCGUGGAGGAGCUGGCGCUGGCCCAUUACAGAUGCUGCGGCUUCGACCAGGGGAUCCACGGGGAGGGGUCCACCUUCAGCACGCUGUAUGGCCUCCUCCUGUGGGACGUCAUCUUCAUGGACGGGGUACCAGACGUCUUCAGAAACGCCUACCAGGCGGGCCCCCUGGACCUGUGCACCGAUGGUUUCUUCGCGAGCAGGGCACCAGCCGUCGAGGCCAGGCUGCAGCAGAUUCACAGCGCCCCGGCUGAGAGCCUGCGGGCCUGGGUGGCGGCCGCGUGGCAGGCCCAGGAGGGCAGGGCGGCUUCCGUUGUCAGCUGGGACCGCUUCGCUUCUCUUCAGCAAGCCCAGGACCUGGUUUCCUGCCUAGGGGGCCCCGUCCUCAGCGGUGUGUGCCGGCGACUCGCCACAGACUUGCGACACUGCCGAGGGGGCCUGCCCGACCUGGUGGUGUGGAACUCCCGGAGUCACUGCUGUAAGCUGGUGGAAGUCAAAGGCCCCAACGACCGUCUGUCGCAGAAGCAGAUGAUCUGGCUGGACGAGCUGCGGAAGCUGGGGGCCGACGUCGAGGUCUGCCACGUGGUUGCAGUCGGAGCGAAGAGCAGGGGCCCUGACUGAGGGCCGUGGGCUUGGGGCUGUCUGCUUGUACACGGACCUGAGGUCUUCAAAAGUGUUACUACAUUUCACUCAAUGCUGUUUGUUGUCGUAAUAAACCUGGUAGUUUAAUGACGCA